CCUGAGAUUCCCCCUCCCCCCAUCUCCAGGCUGGACUCCCCCUGCCCCGUCACAGGGCCUGAGAUUCCCUCCCCACAUCUCCAUCUCCAGGCUGGACUCCCCCCGCUCCGUCACAGGGCCUGAGAUUCCCCCUUCCCCCCCAUCUCCAUCUCCAGGCUGGACUCCCCCCGCCCCGUCACAGGGCCUGAGAUUCCCUCCCCACCAUCUCCAUCUCCAGGCUGGACUCCCCCCGCCCCGUCACAGGGCCUGAGAUUCCCUCCCCACCAUCUCCAUCUCCAGGCUGGACUCCCCCCGCCCAGUCACAGGGCCUGAGAUUCCCCCUUCCCCCAUCUCCAUCUCCAAGCUGGACUCCCCUUGCCCUGGUCACAAGGUCCAAGGCCUCCCCCCCGCCCAUCCCAGGGCUGAGCUCCCCCUCACUCACACAGUUUCCCCCCUGCAAUUUUAACCAGUGACUAGUGGAGCUGUUGGUGUCUACUUUUCUCCACUAACACCAGCCUUGAUGCUCCAUUUAUUUAUCUGCCUCUCACAGUCAUGUGUGCUUUCUUUCCCACAGCCCUUCAGUGACUGCCUUGGGUUGUACUACAGGGCUUUGGUCUUCUCCUUGGUAUCCCUCCUCCAGACCCAUUUCUGCUGCUAUGCUUUCGAGAAGCUAGGCAAUAAUAAUUGGGAGGGCUAGGGGCACUUUGGAGUCAGCCAUGAAAAUAAUAAAACAAUACAUGCAUGUUGUAUCCUUUUUCCCCCUUCAUAUGUUGCUUUCAUCCUGAAAUUAAGCUUUUCCGGACGGAGACUGCCUUCCUAUAUGGUUGUACAGCACCUAGCACAUUUUACCUGCAAUUGCAGUAUAAAUAACAGGAGACUGUCUAAAAUGGUAUCAGCCUUUAAUUGCAAUUUACUGCCCUACAUACUGUAUGUUCCUGAAAACAUUCACUGUUACAUUCCCUGAUUAAACCUUGUCUCCUUGAUUUCCAUGGGUCAAAAGAACAUUUUUUCCCACUGAUAAGAACUUUAGAGAAACUUACAUCAUUGGGCUCUUUGUGAAACUAUAUUAGGCCUUGUCUGGGCUAGGAUUAAGGUUUGGUGCUACCAUGUGUUAGCAAAUGUGUUGACCAGUAUGUUUUAAAUCAUGUUAAACUUGUGGAGUUAAAGUCUGGAGGGACCCCUAGACUUUAAUUCAGCCAGUUUAGCCUGUGUUAAAGGUAGUGUGCCUUGUCUAGACUAGACUUAAAGUGUGUUUCUUAGCCUGUGUUAAGAUGUGCUGACAUCACAGCCUUAACUCCUAGUUUAGAAUAAGGCCUUAUUUUUUCUGAUACCUUUGUAGAUACAUGUGGUGUAUUCAGAAUUCUUACAGUAGCAUUUUACUCAUAUUCAGAAUAUUUAACAUUGCUGGGUUAAGAGCCUUCUAAAAGCUGCCCUGUUUCUUUAAGAGAAGUCUUUGGAAGGGAUAUACCCAUAGCAAAACUCCCUUAAACUUCCAUGGAUUGGUUAUCCUCUCAUGACUGGCAAGUCUAGAGCAUAAUCUCUGUUUCUAAUUGGUUGGUCUUUUUAUCUAUCACCCAUCCUAUUCUGAGCUUUGUGGAUAUCAGGCUACUUUGUGAGAAGCAUGAAAGAGAUUUUUCAUGAUGCCAUGAAUUUUGACUUCUUUGUGAUUAACAUACUGUAUAAAUAAAUGUACACACGGCUAAAGAUUUACACUGAUGUUGAAAGUGCACCUCAUCAGCAGCAUUACGUGUUUGAACGGAACAGAAGUGAGAAACUAAGACAACUCAAAAAAGAAUGAUCAAAAGAGGAUGUAGACAGGAGAAUGCAGGAAGCUCCAGAAGCCCGAAUCUCUAGCCACACUGAUGGCUCUGCUGCUGCCCUUAAUGCUAGAAUCAGAAGAAAGCUCCAAAACAGAUCUUCAGAAGAGAAACUACUGUAGCCUCCGGAGCAGAAGCUUCUGCAGUGUGAACAAAAGGCAAAGAUGCAUAGCAGCUGUUAUGAAUAUAACCAAGCCCUCUCGGAUCUCAUGAGAUGUAUAGCUCUGGCAAGAAUUUGCUAGGGAGGCCAUCACUGGAAAAUGGCAGAAGCCCCUGUUAAUUUGGCUCAGGGAUACCUCCAGCUUAAAGUUUACAGAUUGAAAGAUUCAGAGAGAAAUUUAGUAAAAGCUCAGAAACUUUCAGAGGAACUGCUACAAAGUGAUCACAUGCCACAGGACAAAUGGAUGGAAAUCAAAGCAGCAGUUGAGUGGUCGUUUGCACAAUUAUACCAGUGUCACAAAAGAUCAGAAGACGCUAUUCUCUGCUGUCAAAAAGCUCUGAGCUAUAUUGAGAGGAGUAAGGGUGAAAGCAAUCUGGAAUGUAUUCCUGUACACAAGAAAAUGGCAGGAGUAGCACGGGUUCUUGGGGAUCAUGCAACAGCAAUCCAGCAUCUUGUAAAGGCUCAUUUCAUUGCACUGAGAAAAAGCCCUUCUUCAGGGGAAGCAGCAGAAACUGCUCACUUGGUGGCACAGGCUGCAGUUUCCUCUAAACGACCAGAGCACUAUGGUGAAUUCCUUUUAAAGGUUAUGAAUGGUUACCAUGCUGUCCUGCUUGUAGGAAUGCACAUUUCAGUAAAUGCUGCACGCUGUAUCACGACUUUGUAUGACUGUGACGUUGUUUCUCAAGGCAUAGCGGAUGCUUUUGAUAUGUAUCACCCUCCACUUAAUCCUUUGCCUUUUAUGAGCAAUAGCUAA